GAAGGCAAUCCCGGGGUCCUGAUUUGACAGUGAGAGAAGAUGGCGGCGCCCAGUAGAACGCAGGUGUUAUCGCUGUAUAGGAUGCUUUUAAGAGAAAGCAACAAAUUUCCUUCGUACAACUACAGGACGUACGCCCUGCGUAGGGUACGUGAUGCGUUCAGAGACAACCGGGAUGUCGAGGACCCGAAAGUUCUGGAGCAGCUGUUGAACAAAGCACGCGACAAUCUGGCCAUCAUCCAGAGACAGGUAUCCAUAGGAAAGAUGUACGAGGUUCAACGGACCGUAGUGGAAUCCAAUCCGAAGAAAUUCAUCUGAUUGGAUGCGAGUGGACUAUGAAGAUCUCUGUGGAGGUGGAGCAAGGCUAUUCAGCAAACCACUGACUCUCUGAUAGCUGUACAUCAGAGACUAGGUUGAAGGAUGAUGAUGAUGAUGAUGCCGUUCAGGCAGUGGCUUGCUGUAUACAUUCGUCAUUCCCAGAUCACUUACACCCAUACUGCCUCUUUAUAACAUCAACUCUGCUGAAGUGCACACUUCACCGAGUGCAAAUACGACACAGCAAACACACCACACAGCCUGCUGUUACAGCCCACCAUUAGGAUUCUGUCUUUAUUAAAUUUGUAGAUACAUGUCAUGUAUGUAUUAUUUGUCCUGUUUCAAUAAAGUUAUGUUGCUUUUAA